CACGACACAAACACAUCACUAGCUCCCUGAUCUUUUGUGAUUCGGCUGUAGAAAGUGUGUCCAAACACACAGGGAAAAAAACCUACCGGUGAAGCAGCUGAGAUCUACAUGACAUACAGUUAUAAAGAUGGAGUUUAUUAAAGAGGAGAGUGAAGACUUGAGGAUUGAAGAAGUGUUCAGUGUCAACAAUGAAGAAGAUGCUGAAGAAAAAAAAGACUUGAUGGCUUUGAAAGAGGAGAGACCAGAAUCAAAUGAAAAAGAAGAGAAAGACCAUUGUGAAAAACAACAUGAUUCCAUAAAUGGAGAAAAAUCUUUUAGUUGCACACAUACAUCUUCACAAAAAAAAGUUCAAAUGAAUAGAAGUAAUUUCACCUGCUUCCAGUGUGGAAAAAGUUUCACUCGAAAAGGAAACCUUAAAGCCCACAUGAAAAUUCACGCCAGUGAGAAGCCAUACACAUGCUCCCAGUGCGGAAACAGUUUUACAUGUAAAGGAACCCUUAAUAACCACAUGAGAACUCACACUGGAGAGAGACCUUACACCUGCAAACAGUGUGGGAACAGCUUCUCGCGAAAAGGAAGUCUUAAUAUCCACAUGAGACUUCACACUGGAGAAAAACCUUAUACAUGCCCUCAGUGUGGAAACAGUUUUACAUGUAAAGGAUCCCUUAAAACCCACAUGAGAAUUCACACUGGAGAGAAGCCUUACAACUGCAAACUGUGUGGGCACACUUUUUCUCGAAAAGAAAGUCUUAAGACUCACAUGAGAAUUCACACCAAAGAAAAACCUUAUACAUGCCCUCAGUGUGGAAAGAGUUUCACACGUAAAGGAACCCUUAAUGGCCACAUAAGAUGUCACACAGGACCUCACUUCUCACAAACGGAAGGUCUUAAGACUCCCAUCAAAAAUCACACUGGAGAGAAACCAAGGAGUUCAACAAACAGGAAACGCCUUAAGAAUCAUGUAGAAACUGACACUAGAAAGAAGCCUUUUAUCUGCCAUCACUGUGGAAAGAGUUUCACACUUAAUGGGAACCUCAAGGUUCACAUGAGGAUUCACACUGGAGAGAAGCCUUACACGUGUGAUCAGUGUGGAAAGAGUUUCAGACAUAACGUAACGCUUAAUUACCACAUGAGGAUUCACUCGAGAGAGAACAGUUUUCAGUGUCGUCAGUGUGGAAAGAGUUUCACAGACAGUAAAGAACUAAAGACUCAUGUAAUUGCUCACCAUAAAAACCCUGGAGCAGAUACUUUCAUUUGCAGUUACUGUGGAAAGCCUUGCAUAAACACAGCAAACCUUGAGAUUCACAUCCGAGUUCACACUGGAGAGAAGCCUUUUAAAUGCAUCCAGUGUGGAAAGUGUUUCUCACUUAAAGGAAACCUUCACACUCACAUGAGGGUUCACACUGGAGAGAAACCAUUCAAGUGUCUUCAGUGUGAGAAGAGUUUCAGAUAUCAAAGAGGCUUGAAAUGUCAUUUGAAAACUCACUCUAGAAAGAAAUUGCAGAGUUCUGAGAGUGACAAGAAGUUUCGAAAAAGAAGCGAUUUAAAAAAUCACCUGCACAUUCGCUCUAGAGGAAAGGGAUUUAAUUCUGCUCAGUGCAACAAAAAAAUUCUAUUGCCGUCACACUUACUGAUGCAUCUGAAAAGUCAUGCUUAUAUGAGACCCUAUUGGUGUUCUACAUGUGGAAAGAGUUUUAAAUGGCUCAGCAAUUUAAAAUGGCACGAGAAAAUAUGUAUUAAGCUAUAUUUCAAAUGUUUCAAACGUCACUCAUUCAUAUGAUUGAGUUUAAAACAUCCAAAAUUUUAAUUCUUAGUUUAAUUAAAUUUAUUAACAAUUAACAUUGUAAAAUAUCAUUCAAAGUUGUAGAUUGCUGUGAAAUGCCACAGUGUAAUGAAAAUGAUCAAUCAUAAAUGAAAAGACAUAAAUGGAAUGAAAUAA